UGUCCGAAUCAGCGACUAGAUAGUGAUUGUAAAUUUUCAAGGAAGAACUGAGAUCAAUUGGAGAGUGACUACGGUUUCUGAAAAUAAAGGAAGAUAUAAUUUGCGCUGCGAGCCUGGGAAUGGAGAAAAUCGGGGUUGGGGUUCGAAAAGAGAAGUCUUCACUGAUUGUAUCAAAGCUGUGAGUGUAGGAUUAAGAAGUUAUUGCGAAAAAAAAAAAACUGAAAAAACCAGGUCUAAGAAGCUUUGAUUUUGGCAAUAAUGGAGGCAGGUCUGGAACAGGCUUUACAAGAUGGGAAGUUGCUACGGCAAGUUAAUUCUUUAAUCGUCGCACAUCUUCGUGACAAUAACCUUACCCAGGCUGCUACAGCAGUUGCUACAGCAACAAUGACACCCUUAAACGUCGAAGCCGCUCCAAACAAGCUUCUUGAUCUAGUUACUAAGGGCCUUGCAGUGGAGAGGGAUGAGGCAUCGAAGGGGGUUGCACCUGCUGCUCUGUUCGACUCUGGAACAGCAUUGCCUGAUAUAUAUGGCGCAGUUCCAGUUCCUCGUGCCGUUUCCAUUGAUUUCAGUGCUGUGCAGGAUACAAAAGGCUCAUCAAAGAGUUUCCCAAAGCAUGAAACUAGACAUGUUUCAGAGCAUAAGAAUGUUGCCAGAUGUGCUAGAUUUAGUCCUGACGGGAGGUUUGUUGCCACUGGAAGUGCAGACACAUCAAUUAAACUCUUUGAGAUUUCAAAAAUCAAGCAAAUGAUGUUGCCAGAUACAAGAGAUGGCCCUGUCAGACCUGUUGUACGGACAUUUUAUGAUCACUUGCAGCCAAUAAAUGAUUUGGAUUUCCAUCCUCAAAAUACUGUUCUGAUAUCUGGGGCCAAGGAUCACACAAUAAAGUUCUUUGAUUUUUCAAAAACAGUGGCAAAGCGAGCUUUUAGAGUUAUCCAGGAUACUCACAACGUUCGAUCUGUAUCUUUCCAUCCUUCUGGGGAAUUUCUCUUAGCUGGGACGGAUCAUCCAAUUGCCCACUUAUACGAUAUCAAUACCUUCCAGUGUUACCUAUCAGCAAAUGCCCCUGAGAUAGGUGUUAAUGGUGCUAUCAAUCAGGUAAGGUAUUCAUCUAGCGGUGGUAUGUAUGUAACAGCAUCUAAAGAUGGCGCUGUAAGGGUGUGGGAUGGGGUGAGUGCUCAGUGUGUGCGUUCCAUUGUUGGGGCACAUGGGUCAGUAGAGGCAACCAGUGCAAGUUUCACAAAGGACCAAAGGUUUGUUCUUUCAUGUGGGAAGGAUUCUACUGUGAAGCUCUGGGAAGUUGGUACUGGGAGACUGGUCAAACAAUAUGUGGGAGCUAUACAUACACAGUUACGAUGCCAGGCUGUCUUUAAUGAAACUGAGGAGUUUAUCCUUUGCAUAGAUGAACCAAGUAACGAGAUUGUCAUUUGGGAUGCUCUAACUUCUGAAAAAGUGGCUAGAUGGCCAUCCAAUCAUAUCGGUGCACCUCGCUGGCUUGAGCACUCACCAACUGAGGCAGCAUUCACAACCUGUGGAACUGAUAGGUCAGUCCGGUUCUGGAAAGAAAUUCUCUAGACCUGGGAAGGAGGUCGUCUCCUUUUGGUUAAGGAUAUGCAGAUGCAUUGGAGCAUUUAAUUGAAGUAAAUUAAUUGAGGAAGUCGCACCUCAACGUAAUGCCUCUAGUGUAGGAGGUUAGAAUUCAUUGUAGUUUCAUAAUCGAAUUGAAAUUUUACAAAUAUGAGGUCUAAUUGUGGGAUUCUCAAGAUUUUAGUUAUCGAUUCUUGUUGAAAAUAAGAUAAUAUUUUUAUAAGGAGCUGAAUGGUAUUGGAUAUAUACUUAUAUAGUCUUAAAACAAACACAGGCCAGUUUUGUUUCUUUCUCUUGUUUCUAUCAUUUUAUCAGGAUUAAAGAAAAUGGGUUUAUCUUCUGUAUCUGGCCAGGAAGCUUUACCUAGUAUUUUGGUGAGACUCAAAUGAGUGCCUUUUGUGGUUCCUUAUGGAGAUGAUUUGUUGUUCCAUUCU